GCAAAAUAUAAUUGCUUCUCUCAUAUAAAACUCAGCGAGAUUUCAUCAAAUCUCCUAGUUCGAUUUAAAACAUUUUCGCAUCAAUAUCGGGACGGAAGUAGCGGAGAACUUACAACUUUUCAAAACUAAAAUAGAAAGGAUUAUAUAAUUGUCAACAAUUACAAAUUUGGAAAAGAAAACAGAAUUAUUAUACAUUAAUUAAGAAAAAUGUAUAUCCGAAUUGCGUUUAUUGCAGCGUUUGUUUGCUCCUUUUUGCAAUUUAAUAGUGCGGAAUUUCCCGAUGAUCCGAAGCCAUGUAAAUUCGGAGACGACGAUUGUUUACUGAAGGCGAUCAACUUUUAUUUGCGUGAAAAAAAUCAGGGAGAUACUUCGAUAAAUCUGCGACAAAUCGAUCCUAUUGAUACCGGCACAUUCACACUGAAGCAAGGUGCUGACAAUCCCGUAAAUAUUGACUUAACUUUUAGCAAUAAUAAAAUUUAUGGUGUCGCCAAUGCUACAGCAUACAAAGCUAGAGGUUUCGGCAAGGAUCUCACGAAAAAACACGAGCUACGCUUCAAAGUGCCAGUGGCCAGCUUGAUCGGCGAUUAUAAAAUACAAGGCCGCAUUCUGAUACUGCCCAUUAGCGGUUCCGGCAAAAACAAUAUCACUAUGAUUGAUGCAGAAUUCAUACUACAAUGGGAGGGCGUGCCAGUUGAAAAGGAUGGCGAAACUUAUAUGAAAACCGACAAAUUCAGAGCCAUUGUAAAGCCCAGUAGGGUGUUCUUCGAAUUACAAAAUCUUUUCAAUGGCGACAAAGCUUUGGGUGAUAAUAUGAAUUUGUUUUUAAAUGAAAACUGGAAGGAAAUUUAUCAGGAAGUUGAUGUAACCUUUUCCAAGGAAAUAUCUAAGUUGAUGUCAAGUAUUAUAGAUUCAGUCUUUGAUAAAACACCAUAUAAUAAAUUAUUCGUAGAGUCAGUUGUGUUUAUGAGGGUAACAUCGAUCUCGUGGUCAACGGAGUUUCUGAUACUAACUGAAAAGCGUGCUAACGUAUCUUCUAGCACCCGUUUGCCCGUCUGUACUCGUGAAAUAUUCGUGGAUAUGUUGCUGUUAAACAAAAUUGUUCUAGCUUUAAUGCCAUUAUUGGCACUUCAAGUGGUGGCGAAAUUUCCUGAGGAUCCCAAGGCAUGCAAAUAUGGCGACAAAACUUGCAUAAUGAGCACUAUCGAAUACCUGAUGCGGGAAAAAUCCCAAGGGUUUUCGUCGCUUAAUUUGGCUAAGACUGAACCACUGAGAAUUGCCAAAAUCGUCAUGAAACAAGGCGCUGAAAGUCCCGUUAAUAUUGACCUCACCUUCACCAAUAAUGACUUAUACGGUUUUAGUGGAGUAAAAAUGAUUGACUUGAAGGGCUUCGGUAAGGAUUUGACCACAAAACACGAUCUUAUUUUUUCUGCUCCCAUUCUCAGCUUGGUAGGAGAUUACUCAAUUAAGGGACGCGUAUUAAUACUGCCUAUCACCGGCACAGGCACGAGCAAUAUUACAAUGCUUAACUCUAAAAUUCGGAUUCAGUUUGCUGGCACUCCAGUGGAAAAACCGGACGGCGUCCAUAUGAGUGUGAAGUCGGCGCGUUUGAGUGUUGAUCCGUCGAGAAUGAUUUUCAAUUUUGGCAAUCUUUUCAAUGGUGACAAACAGCUGGGUGACACGAUGAACGUCUUCUUGAAUGAGAACUGGAAGGAGAUAUAUCAAGAAGUGCGUGCAACUUUUACAAACGCUUUUUCUCAAAUCUUCACAAGCGUCAUUGAUAGUGUUUUCAGCAUUUAUCCUUAUGAGAAAUACUUUUCGGAAUAAAAA